AUGGGAGCAACAGGCAGAGAGGCCAGUGACGGGAAACUUGCUGUCAUGAAUUCGGCUGAAGGCUGGCUUGACAGGAGUGUCCUGCCACGAAAUGGAGAAUGUUUCCUCACAAUUGAUGAAGGACGCAGAAGACUAGUAGGAGAAUCUUCUAACAGUGCAGGGUUAUAUUCAGCAUGUUCUCCAACAGUAUAUGGAGCAACCUCCCUGAGAUACGCCGGCAGCCCCUUCAGCCUCAAUGACGAGACAUGGACAGUGUCCUCGGGCGAAUCUUUCACUGGCCAUGAAGUGAUGGGAAAUGAAGAUGCUGCCUCACUGGGACCGCUUGGUGAUGAUGUCUCUUCCAUAAUCAUUCUCGGCCAAAGCGCUUGGACAUUCUAUGACGGCAGAGACUUCCACGGGACCAACAGUGUCUGUCUGUAUCCGAAUUUCAAGUUUAAUGAUGACUCCGAAGAUCGCUCCCUGCAUGUGGGCCUCUACCCGACGGUAAGACUUAAGGAAUGACCA